AUGAAAUCUUUAUAUUAUAUGUUAAUUUCAUUGAUGCCUAUGGUAAUGUUCUUUGAUAUUAUACAAUGUUCUGAUUCUAUACAAGUUUCAGCUUCAUAUUUACCUUAUUUACAAUUUCGUGAUCGUCCUUAUAAUGUUAGUGGUAGUAUGCGUUCACUUCAUUUAAAUGAUGUUCCUGUAUUAAUUCAAUCUGGUUCUAUGCAUUAUCCAAGAAUUCAUCCUGAUGAUUGGCUUUCAAUGAUUCAAUUAGUAAAAUCAACUGGAAUUAAUUGUAUUAGUAUAUAUGUAUUUUGGUCUUAUCAUGAAGUAGAACCAGGUGUUUAUGAUUGGACAUCUGAACGUCGUAAUAUUUUUCAAUUUAUUGAAUUAGCCAAAUCAGAAGGUUUACUAGUAUUACUUCGUAUUGGACCUUAUGUCGAUGGUGAAUGGAGUUAUGGUGGUUUACCUGUUUGGUUAAGACCAUUUACUGAAAAAUAUAAAGAUAUUAAAAUUCGUACUGUUAAUCAAUUGUGGCAAAUGGAAAUGCAAACUUUCACUGAAACAGUUAUAAAAUAUUUACAUCCUUUGUUUGCAUCGAAUGGUGGUCCAAUAUUUAUGGUACAAAUUGAAAAUGAAUAUGAUAAUAUAGCACAUGCAUUUCCUCCUGCUGAUGCUGUUGCUUAUAUGCAAUGGGCCUCAGAUAUGGCUCACUCAAUUUGUUCAAUAUGUUAUUGGAUAACAUGUAAAUAUGAAAAUGUUGAUAUUAAAACAAAUAAUGCAAAUAAUAAUUAUUAUUCAGGAGAUUGGUUAAGAAAUAUACAUUGGCCUAAACAUAAUUAUACUCAACCUGGUAUAACAACUGAAAAUUGGAUUGGAAGUCCGGGAUGGACUCAAUUUGGAUCAGCAAAACCUCAUCGUCCAAUUCAAGAUUUUACUUAUUCUAUUACUCAAUAUAUUGCUUAUGGAGCAGCUAUGCAUAAUACUUAUAUGAUCUAUGGAGGUACUAAUUAUGGUAGAGUUGUGGGUCGUACUCAUACUACCACAUAUUCAUUUGAUCCACCUAUUUUAGAAAUUGGAAUACCAAAUAAUAAUCAUUUUAAUCAUCUUAAACAUUUAUUAAAUACAAUUAAUUAUUAUGUACCUGCUUUGUUAAGUGUUGGAGAUAAUCCUCCUCCACUUGUUAAUAUAACAACAAAGGGUGUUGCUAGUGUUAAUUAUACUUCUCCUACUAAUAUAUCAGCUCAAUCGGUAAUAUUUUUAAUUAAUAAUAAUGAUAAAUUAGAUCAAACAGUUGUAUUAGCAGGUUCUUCUUAUACAGUAUCUGCUUGGAGUGCUCUUAUUAUCGAUGGUCAUAGUAAGGCUAUUGUAUAUAAUUCAGCAAAUUUAUCUGAUAAUACACUUUUUAAAUUAAUUACAGCUCAAUUUAAAAAUUUCUCUUCUAUACAAUAUCUACCUGAACCUUCUUUAAUUUCAUCUAUUUUUACAAAUAAUAACAAAUAUAAAUUAAAAAAAUCUUCAUUUCAUGUAACUUUACCAGUUACAAAUACUAGUGUUAUGCAAGAACAUUACUCUACUACUUUAGAUAAAUCUGACUAUUUAACUUAUACAACUUCCAUUCAAUUAAAUGAAUCUGAUAUCAAUAGAGAAAAUCUAACUUUACGUUUACCUAUGCGUUGUGAAAGUUUAUUUAUAUUUUUAAAUGGAAAAUGGCAAACUAGUAUAUUUACUCAAGCGAACGAGUUUAAUGUAACUACUAUAUUAAAUAUUACAGAUCUUAAAUUAAAACCAUAUAGUAUAGUUGAAUUAAAAUUAGUUGGUGCUACAAUGGGCUUAGAUAGUUAUGGAAUUCAUUUAGAAAACAUGGGACGUGGUUUAGCAUUUAAAUUGAAUGAUACUGUUAUAUUUAAUGGAAAAAAUAUUGUUUCAAAUAAAUGGAAUUAUCAAAUUGGUUUAAUAGGAGAAGAUAAAGAAUAUUUUAAUCCGAUUAAUAAUACAAAUUUACCAUGGAAACCAAUUUCUAACCAAUCGCCUAACAAACUAUCAAAUUUUAAUUGGUUUCGUUUAACAUUUCAAACUCCUGCAAAUUUAAUAAAUAAUUCAAGUAAUUUGUAUCAAGUUAAUAUGACUGGAAUGUAUAAAGGUUUAUUAUAUAUAAAUGGUUAUAGUUUAGGUCGUUAUUUAACAAUAAAAGCACCUACUAAAGAUCCUAUACCUCUUUGUGAUUAUCGUGGUUCUUAUGAUCCAUCAAAAUGUCGUUAUGAUUGGGGUGAACCAACACAAAUUUUAUAUCAUUUCUCUGCUCAUUUAUUGAAUAAUAAUGGAAAAGAAAAUGAAUUAAUAAUAUUUGAAGAAACUGAUGCAAUUCCUACACAAGUUUAUAUUAAAAUAACUGCUAUAGAAUCUUCUUAUUAA